AUGGGCAUAGCGAAGCCCGGAUCGGAGCCCCGCAGGCGAAGGUCGGGGGCCAUCGCGGUGAAGUGCGGGAUGACCGCGGAGUGGAACGAGCACGGCGUGAGGGUGCCGCUCACGGUGCUGUGGAUCGACGACUGCAGGGUGACGCAGGUGAAGACGCAGGAGAAGGAGGGGUACACCGCGCUGCAGCUCGGCGCCGGCAGCAAGAAGGCCAAGCGACUGAACCGUUCGGAGCGCGGUCACUUCAUCGCGGGCGACGUACCGUUCUCCGCUGAGCUCACCGAGUUUCGGGUGUCGCCGGAUGCGAUCCUGCCGGUGGGCACGGCGAUCGGCGCGUCGCACUUCUCCGCCGGGCAGUACGUGGACAUCCAGGGUCGCACGAUCGGCAAGGGGUUCCAGGGUCCGAUGAAGCGGUGGGGCUUCUCCGGGCUGCCGGCGUCGCACGGCACGACGAAGAAGCAUCGAGCGCACGGCUCCAUCGGAAACUCGCAGGAUCCGGGUCGGGUGUGGAAAGGGAAGAAGAUGGCUGGACGGAUGGGCAACAGGACGCGCACGGUGCAGAGCGUCUUCGUGUACAAGGUGGACGCGGAUCGCAACCUGCUGUACGUCAAGGGGCAGGUUCCGGGGAAGGCUGGAAGGUUUCUGAAAAUAACCGACGCUCUCCGGAAGCCGCCGGAGACGCCGGCGUACCCCGGGUGGGGAUUCGGCGACUUCGCGAAGGAGGCGCCCGGCGGCGUGAGCGUGGCAAAGAUGGACGACCCGUUCGUAAAGCAGAGCGAGUGA